GCAGUUCGAAACAGUCUAGCUGUUGUAUAAAUACUUUCAUACUUCUUAAUGAGAGUGAUAACUCUCUGAGUUCUUAAUUUGUAACAAAAAUAUACCAAUGAGCUGAAUUAAAUUAGGAGAUAAAACGAACCUUGGAUCAGGAAAGUGAUCUUUAAUGACAGAGCGAUCUAUACACUUGCCUCGUCUCUCACUCUAUCUCCAAAUCGUUGCUUUUAUGUGCAGUUGAAACAAAUUUAAACUGAAUCGCCUUAAAAUAGGAAUAAAAUACGUGAGAGACAUAUACACCACUCCAUAAAACGAUCCGAAUAUUACAGUGAAAGAAGAUGGCUGUUCAGAAAACUUUAUGGAAUACCAGAACUUACGUGUGUUCUAAACAAAUUAAUGCUGAGACUUCAAGGUCUAUUGCCAUUUUAUUGGCAUUAUACGUGUUGAUAGGCGUCGUUAACCUUAAAAGCGAUGCCGCGGCAACUGGAUCAUCUUCAUCAGCUGCAUCGUCAUCUUCAUCAGCUACAUCAUCAACGUCAUCAACUACCUUAAGUUCAAGAACAGUGAGGACAAAAUAUGGCGAUGUCAGCGGUGUGAUAGUGACCUUUGAUAGUAGGCAUUUAGAACCUGUAGAGGUGUUCCGAGGAAUUCCCUACGCAUCGCCACCUACAGGAAAUCUGAGGUUUAUGCCACCAGUAACAGGGGCAUUGUGGUCUGGUGUGAAAAUGGCCGAGCAUUUCGGUCCAGUGUGCCCCCAGAAAUUACCUGACAUCUCUAAUGAAACGCUUGCUUUGAAGAGGAUGCCUAAGGGGAGAGUGGAGUAUCUGAAAAGGCUCUUGCCCUAUCUACGGAACCAAAGUGAAGACUGCUUGUAUCUCAACAUCUACGCACCGGCUCAAGGUAAGGGAUCACAGUCAAAUUGA